AAGAAGCAUGCCAAUCGUGUUUUUCUCCCUAGAAUGUGAAUAUCCCAUUAAAGUACCAAAGUGGUGUACUCUUUGAAUGUCUUUUCUGCUAUACAUAGCCACCUUACUUCUGACUUUGAUGUCGUCUGCGCCUUGUUAGACAGAUGGACUGAUAUACUUAGUUCUACUAUCGAUAGCGCUACAGAAGCAGCGCAACAGGACAUUUUCCGUUAGUUUUUGUUUUUUCCUCAGCUUGCCUAACUGAUCCCAUUUGCACAUAUUCCCUACAUCUGGUGCAAUGGUCUAGAGGCGAUGCUCCAGCAGAAAGGAUUGUUGCGCGUCUUCAAGCGGAAGACGGUGCGGAGUUACUUAUGUUAACGUUCAAAGUAAAUCCAUAAAAAAGAAAGGGAGAAGAAACGGAGAAGAGUUGUGCUGAGGGGCUGAAGUGUGACUUCGGGAACCGACCGGGCCUACACGUCAGAGGAUGGCACUCUUCAUGUUUAGCAAAUGUCGCUCAGGGCCAGUAAGGGUGAGCAAAGCACGGAUGGUCCUGUACAGCCUCCUAUUGUCUCUUCUGAUAUACCUUUUCCAAAGGUCCAAGGCCACAGUCCUUGUCAACGGCGGUCAUCCUCCUAUCCUAGGCCUGGAGCCCGUCGAGGGGGAAGCAGACACUCCAGACACGGGCACCUCAUUAGGACAUCAGCCUCUCCUGGAGACCCCCUGGGGAGCCCCUUUGGUGUGGGGGGAGAGCAGCGAGUCAGCAAAUCACAGGGCGAAAUUCUCCCAGCGGGAGGUCCGCGUGGGCCUCCUCGUGCUAGCCGUGGGCGCUUACGGCCUGCACCUUCGCCGCUUCCUCCUGUCGGCCGAGGUGAACUUCCUCCCGGGCCGGGGGGUCACGUACUACGUGCUUUGCGAUAAUCCCCGCUCCCUGGAGCCCCCCAUCAAGCUGGCCCCGGGGAGGGACCUGAAGGUGAUCCCCGUGGCGGAGAUGCCCGGCUGGGACCGGUUGGCCCGUCGCCGCAUGGACCUGAUCGCCGCCGCCAUCAAAGACGAGGUCGGUGACGCGGUGGCGUACGUCUUCUGCGCCGACGUCGACCAGGAGUUCACGGCGCCGGUGAGAGAGGAGAUCCUGUCGGAGCUGGUGGCCACCCUGCACCCCGAGCUGUACGGGAUGCCCCGGCACGCCUUCCCCUACGAGAUAGAGGAGAGCUCUGCGGCGUGCGUGGACGAAGACGAGGGAGACUUCUACUACACCUCGGAGCUGUACGGGGGGCGGGUGGCCGAGGUGUUCCGCCUGGCCCGGGCCUGCUCCCUGCUCAUCCUGGAGGACCAGGAGAAGGGGUUCAUGGCCAGGGGCAUGGAGGAGAGCUACCUCAACCGCUACCUGAUCGACCACAGGCCCACGUGCGUCCUGUCCCCGGAGUACAGCUGGUGGGACUCUGCGCUGUCGGCGGACGUGCCCGUGCAGCGGCUCAUCUCCCUGGGGAGACAAUGCGAGGCUCUGGAUGAGAGGAAGAGAGAAGAACGCAGAUGCUGAAGGGAUGGGUCAAAGACAGGGCAGCCUGCUGGCUAGCCCCGGCUUGGAGUUAAGGUUGGAGACACCACUGAAGAGACAUGCAAAGGCCUAAAGGUUUCAUUUUAGCAAUUUAACUUUUAUUAAAAUGAAUUAAAAAUUGGAACAAUCUAAACCGGAGCACAAUACAAUAGCUGUGUUUUAUACUUUACAAGGGAAACCCAAAUGUAUGCUUAGCAUUUAUUAAAUACCUAAUAAAAACCUUUUGACAAGGCAAGCAACCUCCAUACUAGACCCCAUCUUGUAAGCCUGUUUAAGCCACAAGCAUGCUGAGCGGAAAUGUGCAAUCUGCUCUCAAUUAAUAGAAUAGCAUUUCUGCACAAUGGCCAUCUUUUCUCUAGCAGACAAAGAGGAAAAAUGACAUGCCUCCGCCCCAUUAAGGUCAGCUAUAGAGAUAACCUACCCUCAGCUUUGCAGGCAGCAGUGAUAAGAGUCAACAGCGUAAGUGCACACUUUCCCUACAUAGUGGUGAAUCAUUAACUGGAAAAGCUGCUGUUUUUCAAGGUCUUUAAAUAGCAGAUGAGGGGAGGGGGAACAGGGGGUGUUGUGGAUGCUUUAAUAAACAUGCCCCUGUUGCUGUACCAUAAUAAUCUUCACUGGGAAUGCUGCAUUUGUACAAAUUUGGAGAGCGAGGGAGAGAAACUAAUAAGGAUUUUAACUUGGUACCUUUUGAAUACCCACCCUGCAGCUUCUCACACACAUAAACACUCUACGUGACUUUCUCUCUUUGUCUGCUUGUGUAAAUGGGAGGAUAACAGUACAGCAGAUGUUUCUUUCCCAUGCCAGUAGAGCCUUUCGUCUGGGCCAGAUUGCCACGUGGAUACAUGCAUAAUGGGCUCACCGGUUAUUACUUUUAUAGCUUGAACUUGAAGCUGUGUGCAUUUUUUGCAACCACCCAUAUAAGUUGGAUAUACAUUAAAAGACUUCAUGAAGAAGUGGUUAUUCGUGUAGCUUUCAUUUACUUAGGAGGUCUAACAUUAGGUCCAGGUACAAAUAUAUCUUAGUAGUAAUUUUGAGUGUUUAAACAGUUUAAAUGUGUGUACUUACAUGGGUCUGUUUGUGUAGGCAGACACACCUGAUAUAUGUUGGCCUGAUACUGCUACCGAAUGAUAUAAUUGUCAGGGCUCCUGACAAACUCACUAACUCCUGACUAAUCCCAUAAGAAAACCCUACAUCAAAUAUCAAUAUACUCUUGUUGCAGUAUCCUCAGCCAAAAACGGACCAAAAAUAAGUAAAGGAUGUUCACCUGCAUGGCAAGGAAUGACCUUUGAGCUCAACAUAACCUCACAUUAUUAAGGUUAUCAAAGAAAAGCCAAUAGGUUGCUGGAGCAAAAAACGAAAGAAUAUAUGGCACCCAGCCCCUUUAAAAGAGGGCCAAACUUCUCACUCAAUGCUGCAAUAAACAUGAAUUUCAGAGGUGUUUCAGGAGGCAUAUCACGCAGUAAAGAGCAGCAGGCAUUUCUGUAUCUGCGAAUAAUCACAGUGUGAACAUGCGAUGUUGAUUAGCACCAAAAUGGGAACCGGGCUAAGUAACACAUUUGUUAAUGAUCAACUUCUAUGCUGCCAAAGGAUAUGCAAGGUAGGAGGAUGACCAUAUACUGAAGAGAUUGAAGAAAAGAUGGGUUCUAAACAGUCUUUCUCAAACUGUUUUUAGCUGUCAGUAGGGCUUGACCCUUGACCCAGGGGCCCCUGUACACACAAGCCUGAAAAGACAGAACUUUAAUUGGCAAAUCAACAUUAAUGUAAAAAUGAAGUAGGUGUCCGUUUUCCAUCUGUGAUUGUGAUUGUUGUGACACAGAGCCGGCCCCGGGCAUACGCUGUGUAGGAUGAAGCCUAGGGAGCCAACCGUCCAUAGCCAAGAAAAACAAAACACAAAAUGAUUUAUUUUAUUUUGCAUUUGAGAAUAAACAUUUAGAAAUAAUUAUGCAGCAAGCCACCCCCAUGCAUGUAUAAUAAGAACCCUAGGAAAGUUAUCCUUCAUAAGUAUAAUGAAUAGACAAUUUAUUCUAACAAGUAGCACCAUUAUAAUACUAUAAGGAUUUAAAACCUAUGCAUCGGGCAUUCUAGACAGGGGUGGUUGAACUAGUCCAACCUGUGGGCAUCGCCACGAUUUGGGGAAUUAUAUCAAUAAAGGGGAUUAUUGCUAAAACACAAGACAGGCGCAAGAGGUAUACAACACAAAAAAAGACAGGACAAAACAGCAGAGGAGCCUCACAUGAUACCAACACAAUGAAUGAGAUGAUGACUCUGUUCAAGAUUAAAUUAGAUCAGUGGGGAAACAAAGUACCACAGCUGACAUGAGCACAGAUGAGAAGGAGGUUUCAAGUCGUCUAUUCAUAAGAAUGUUAAAAAUGGAGAAUGGAGAAUGUUCCAGCUUAAUAAGAAGAAAAUUAAAACAAUUGUAUGGAUUGAUUGCCAAACUAACCCUUCAGUUAAUCUAAGGAAUACCACCAUUUUUUAAAUUGAUUUAGUGAUUGAUAACCAUAAAACACCAGAGCCUGCUUUGCAUAAAAUAUGUAUUAUAUAAAACAGACAGGUCUUUAGAAGAGACCGAAUGCAGUUGGCAUAUGAAUAAAACCUUACUCCUCUAAAAUACUUAAUCAAAGCGGAUUAAUAAGGAAAACAUUUUUAGUUUAAUUCAGUUCAGACGAAGUCUGGAUACGUAGGAAGAGGAGACUUUGGAGAGACUCAGGUAGCUGAGUCAACUGAAUGUGAGUAUUUAGUCUUUGCCUCAACUGAUUGUGAGCAUUAUAUUUUACUGUUCGCCCCCUUACUGGAUGUAUGAUAUUUGCUGCUUUGAUUGAGCUUGUAUUAAUAAAAAAAUCUGCACUUAAUCUGUUAAUUUGUG